CUGUCAUCCCUUGUCAUCAAUUAAAAUUGCGAAUUUGAGGUUAACUUACCAAUAAUACGAACUAUUAUAUAGUUUGUUUAGAAAAUAUUUUUUAAAUUAAUAAGUGUUCUAUAAUAUUAAACAGAUAAUAGUUAAUAUAAAAAAUACAAGUACUAUACACUAAAAGGCGCAAUGAAUUCCUUGCGAAUAAUUUCAUUACAACCACAAAUGUGGGUCAGAUUUAGUUCAACGAUACCAGAAUUUAUUAACAGGAAUCCCAGAAAUUUAGAAAGAAUGAGGAUUGCUCGCAAACCAGACGGUUAUCAUUUGGAUAAACCUGGUCGUAAAUUUUGGCACAAAUUAGUCCUUACACCUAGUAAUCGUACUGUAACUGCUCAAGUUGUCCACUUCCUCAAUGGUCCAGUCAUAGAAGCAAAAACAUCAGAGUGGGCACUCCGUCAACAAUUAUAUAGUAUCAAUGACACAUGUGCAUAUAUCAAUUUAGGAAGAGUAUUUGCUCAACGAUGCCUCGAAUCUGGAAUUACUGAAAUGUAUUGCGAUAUUAAAGCAGCCUCAGGAGGAAAAGUGCAAAAAUUCUUAGAUGAAGUAGUUAAAGGUGGCAUAAAGUUGGAAGAAUCAGAAGUAUAUAAAAAACCUAUGCCAUGGGAUAUGUUACGACCAGAGAAACCAUGGGAAAUUAAUGAAGAAUAAACAAUAUCAAAAAUUAUAGUAUAAUAAAAAUGUAGAAUUAU